AGAGGAUAUGAAAAGCGAAAAAAGAAUGGAGCAGAGGUGCGCCAAGGAAGAGACAAAGCGCUGGUAAUUUUUGGACAUUCCACCGGAGAUGGCGCUCCUCUCCUCUACUCCUUCUCUCUCCUUCGCCUCUCCCUCUCGCCCCGCAAACUCAAACUGCGGGCUCUCCUUCUUCACUUUCAACACCACCCAAUUCUCUCGCCGCCAACGCCCAAUCGCCUCAUCUCACCUCUCCUCCACCCUCGACACGAAUCCCAUCGACAAGUCCUCCUUGAAUUUAGCUGAGGCUUUCUCCGAAGAAGAGCUCUGGGCCGCCGCGUGCCUCCGCGUCCGCUCCUUCUACGAGUUCCGCCCCAGUGCCUACGGCAUCCGUGAUCAUAGAAGGUACUUGGCUGAGCGUGAGUUUGAAGCACUAAAAGAACGCGUAGCUGGGAUAAGAGAGGGCUUCAGAAGAGUUUCUUGCAUAAAUGCUACUCUUCCAAUGUCACAGAUAUCAAACUUUGCAGAUGAUCUAUGCUCUGAAUGCAAGUUUUCUGACAAUGGAGAAGAACGAGUAGUAGUUGGGACUCUUGAUCUUAACCAGUGCAUUAGUCUUCCAGAGGAGAUAACAGGAAUGAAACCAGAGGGGAUUGGAGCUGAUUUUGCAAGGGCAUACCUAAGCAAUGUAUGUGUUGCCAAGGAGUUGCACAGAAAUGGUUUAGGUUAUUGGCUCGUUGCAAAGUCAAAGAUAGUUGCUCAAGAUUGGGGCAUAACUGAUCUGUAUGUCCAUGUAGCUGUUGACAAUGAACCAGCAAAGAACUUAUAUAUGAAAAUUGGUUUUGUAUAUGAAGACGAUGAGCCUGCCUGGAAAGCCAGAUUUCUAGAUAGGCCUCGAAGACUUCUUCUGUGGACUGGUCUCCCUGGUAUACAGCUAUGAAUUACGAUGUUUGUAUAUCAUCAUUUAUCUCGUGCCAUAUUUGUUCUUUCUUAUUCCUUGAUAUGCUCUUUUUGGUGAUACCGAUACGACCUUGUUUGUAGGAUCUCAAAGGCUGUUUCUUUUCCCUUUUCUUUUCCUUCAUAUUUUUAACUGUAAAUUUAACUUUAAAUGACGUUUGGUCUGAAAAAUUGAUUACAUUGCCAUAGAAUAUGAACUUGAGUCUCGAUGUAAGUAGUAGAUGAAAAGCAUGCCCACUUCUCCUUCUGAUGAAACAGACUGAUAUAUAUUGUGAUGAAAUUGGAAAUAUCAUGUUCACCUACUGGUUAAUGCUA